GCGCAUUCAUGAGACAGGCUCACCUUCCUUUCUAAUCCGUUUUUAUUGCUCUGCUGCUUGCCUCGGAGAUUGUUUGGGUUUGUGCCUUUGACUUUCUCAUUCUCUCUGUUUUUUUCACUAUCUCUUUCUUUUCGCUGUCUUAUAUAUCGCUUUAACCACCCCAUUAUCGCCUCCCCUUCACGACUCCGUUAUCCUGCCGAAAAGUUUUCCUUGUUGAACAAUAAGCCUGCGGAGGUCAUUUUAAACUUACAAGACGGUCUUAUUACUGUGACAGCCGAGCGAUACGUGAAGAACGGCUAGAAUUCAACUUUACAAUUGGGUAACGAGGCGAUUCAUCGAUCCUCGCUCUUUAAAUGCUUCGUUGCACUAAUGCUACUGCUCUUCGGACGGGCGUUAAGAGCAACCCGUUAACGAGAUUAUCUCUCGGCUCAAAAUGGCCCAGAGGUGUUUCGGGAGGUGCUAGGGGCAUUUCUCUCUCGUAUCCUGCUCCGAGAGUCACAGCGCCGGGACAAAUUAGUGCUUGGAGGUUACCUGUUGGCGCAAAACGAUACUCUACAAAUUCUGAAGCUACACAUUCUGGAGACUCGGAGCCUCUGAAUGUGAAUGAAGAAAUUGACGAACCGGAAUCCGUCGCUGAGGGCGGGGAGUUUGAAGAUUCGGAGUCUGCCGUUACGAGUGAGGAGUUUGAGGAUACGCUCCUGGAGCCCAACCGGUGGGUGAAAUCUAGAGAAGGAACCACACACGAUGACAUUUUGCUCUCGAUUGCGAAGGCAGGCACUUCGCCGAAGACUCGGGAGGAAUUGGACGGGACCAUGUCAGUCAGAGUUUCCGGGAGAGUUGUCGAAAUGGAGUUGAAAUGGUUGAAGGACCCUCGGGCGCUGUCUGACCGAGUCGCAAGGCUUUUAAAGGCCGAUGAUGUGCUGUUGGCUGUGGCGUUGGUCCGCACGGCGCAAAGGGAACGUAUGGAGUGCACGGUGGCUUGGAAUCAUCUCAUGGAGUAUUGUAUGACGAAGAACAAUCCGAAGGCAGCGCUUAAGUUCUACAAUGAGAUGAAGAAGCGAGGACGAAGGCCUAAUUCGGUGACGUACACAGUUAUGCUGGAUGGCCUAUGCAGAGUAAGCAAGGACGCCGGCGUCAACCCUGUCAAGACCGCGUUCUCUAUUUACAGGUCUAUCUUUGCACCCAAUUCAACAGUAACGCCAAACCUUAUCCACACCAAUGCGAUGCUCAAUGUCUGUGCACGUCAUCGUAAUAUGGACAGCUUAUGGCAAGUCGCUGGCGAGCUCCCUGAAGACGGACCAGGUUCUCCAGACUGCACGACGUACAGUAUUAUCCUGAGAGCUAUCUCGGAUGCAGCCCAGGCGGACGUAGAUCGGAUGAAGCCUUCUCAGGUGGAGAAAAUUCUUGCAAGGAAAGCCCAGGGUAUCAAGGAAGGUAAGCGGAUAUGGUCUGAUAUUAUCUUUCGAUGGAAGAAGGGGCAGCUCGAAUUGGACAACCUCCUUGUGAGCGCAAUGGCCAAUCUGCUCCUGGAAGGAUCUACCGAUCGGGACUGUUAUGACGUGUUCGUCUUGAUUCACCAAGUCACUGGAGUCCCAAUCCUCGCCAAAGAGCCAUCGGAUUCAUCUUCGAAACCACAAAAGAAGAGCAGAAGAGGCGACCUAGAGGAAGAUGUUCCGUUCGUGGAUGAUAGUGAAAAGUUGUAUCGACCAUCAGAGGCGGAGCCAGAGGAACUCGAACAAGAAGAGGAAGAAGAAACAUUCGAAAACGUUUUCGACCCUAUCGUUGGCCCGGGACCUUCUUUUGUCUCUGUGGGAAAUAGGGAACUCGCAUUGAUCCUGGAAGCUUGCUUAAGUAUGACUCAAGGAAUUAGUGCUGGAAAAGCUUAUUGGCAGCACCUAACCCUGGAAGACACACACUAUAAGAUUGAGCCGGAUGGCGGCACAUACCAUCAAUACCUCCGACUUUUACGGCUUGGCCAUUCCAGUCGCGUUGCCCUUGAGGUCAUACGCAAUCAGAUGGUGCCCGCCCAAAUGACGGAGGGGAGGUCUUUCCGGAUCGCAUUUGCAUGUUGUCUCCGUGAUCGCAAAAAUAUCAACGUUUUCAAGAAUGCUAAUGGGCUCCUUCAUCUCAUGGAGGAGUCACUUGUGCUACCUUUCCCCCAGGCAUUGGGAGCCUACCUCGACCUAGUCCGCAUCUUGGGUGAUAGCCCCCAGCUUCUUAUGUCACUGAAUGGCAUCGAUGGGACCGGAAAACGACCAGCCGGUGGCCUGAGUGCUCUGGGUCAGCAGUUGCGUCUUAAUUUACAAACAACCGCCGUUGAAGCUCUGCGCCCUUGCGUUGCCAAACUCGAUACAGCUAUGAAGCAUGGUCUAGUGUCUCCAGCUCCAGUCACAGGCCGCGGUAUUCGCUCUAAUAGUUCUGAUCAGCAUGCCGUCUCCGGAGCGGAAGCUCUCAAGGUCUUAGCCACUGUGAGGGUUUUGAUAGAUGAUAUCUUGAAGCCAACAAACUCUAAGCUACUUUCCAAAGAGAUCCGCGCCCAACUCAAGAAAGAUUCACGGGAUUUAAGGAAGUAUUCCAACGCUGAGAUCACCGAGAAGUACAAGAAUGCUCUGGUUUCCCCAACUUCCGAACAGAUUCUGGCAUACCAAGACCAGCAAGUUACUGAGGAUCCAUUAGAUGUUGACUGAGUUCAAUGAAGAGUAGCGGGAGCUUGUGCAGUCUGCACAACGAAUAGUUUUAUGACUUGUUUGAUGGUUGAUACGACCUCAUACUUGCAUGCAUCUACAGGCGUUGGUAUAUAAUCUUCAGUGUACACUAUCAUGGUUGGCAGUGGGGUGGUUUCUAUGUACAAAUAUCGGCAGUGUUCAUGUAAUAAUAGAUAUCUCUUUACAUAAAAGACAUCUCAAUUCUGUUUUCAUUGAUUCAUAACCCCUGGAAUAGGAUUGGUUCCGCAAGUAUCGCAGCCAGGAGCAGGUGCUCUG